AUGCAGCACGCCUGGGGUCGCGUUCUGGUGCGCACGGCGCGCCGCAGCUCGCGCAGCACGUUGGCCACUGCGCGCGUGGCUUGCCAGCUGCGCUCGGCCGCUCCGGCUCACGCUGUGGCCCGCUGCACGGGCUCCGUGCGCUUCGAGUCGACUGAGUCGACGCCGUCGCGCUUCCUGGACCUGGCGGACGGGGACAAGGCGGACAAGGACGAGGAUGCAGCGGAGGGUGACGACGCCGAUGGCGACAAGGAGGACGGCGAGGGAAAGGACGGCGACAUUGAGGUGGACGCCAUCGCCGACGUCAACAAGGGCGGCGUGGAGGAGAACGAGGAGCUGGACGAGCUGGUGAUGGAGCUGUUCAUGGAGAACCCGCUCAAGUGGACGCCCACGGUGCUGGCCCGCAAGUUCCACCUGGCCAAGCCCCGCGUGGAGGCCAUCAUCUGGAUGAAGCGCAUGGAGGCCGAGCUCACGCCCGAGGAGUUCCGCGCCAAGGUGCAGGAGGCCAAGGACAAGACCCUGAAGGAGCAGAAGGAGCAGGCCAAGAAGCUCGCGGACGCCGAGGCCGCCGGCAACGACAAGGAGGUCGCGCGCCUCAAGAAGCGCGCACGACAGGAGGAGGAGGCCACGCAGCCUGACGAGGCGCUGAGCGCCAGCGAGGAGGCCGUGCUCAUGGGCAUCGACGACGAGGCCUUCAGGAACCCCGACUUCUUCUUCCUCAGCGACGAGUUCGAGGGCUACCCGCCGCUCGUGCGCCGCAUGGGCAAGCACGGACACACGGACCAGCUGUACCCCGAGGAGGCGCUGGAGCUGCAGCGGCUGGCCGGCAACAACAAGAUCACGCUGCAGAAGAGCUUCGCCAACCCCAAGAACAGCGAGUCCAAGGCCAAGUUCCGCCUCGCCGUCAAGGACAUCACCACCAAGAAGAAACACCUGCUGUUGCGCGACGAGAGCCGCACGCUGCGUCUGGCCACGAACGAGGAAGUGCUGCCCCGCACGUGGGUGCGCAGACCAGCCUACUUCCGCGGACUGGACAAGGAGCUGGCGUAAUAACGCGGCAAUGCUGUUUGUUCAUCCAUAUCGCUUGGAAGGUGAUCCGCUCUCCGGUGCUUAGUAAUAGAGACACGCAUUCGUGGGGGUUAUUUGGUCAGCUGCAAUUAGGAAGCGUCAGAGGUAUGGCGAGACUCAGGAAAUCUAGCAAUACAUGAAGGUGCGGUGAAG